UAUCGCGCCAAUAAAUCCUGUACGUCAAACUCAGGAAUGGACUUCACGCACAAAGUUCUUCGGACGCUCGAGCCUUGCAUUCAACCUAAUUCUACGCCUACGACCUAAGCCGCGAUGUCGUCCAUGCCCUUGAGCACGGCCAACUGGCACUGGAAGAACAAGAACGUCACGCCGUGGGCGAAGACGUGGUUUGAGCAGGAAUUGGUUUCGGUCAGUGUCAAGGGAGAUGGGGACGAAGUUGUCUCGAUAUCUAGCUUGAGAGAUAUGGAUGGGGAUGUUGAGCUGGGUCAAAGGAAGUCAAAGCUGAUCACCAUCUUCGACGUGAAGAUGGACCUGGGAUGGUCUGGCACUGCUUCUGACGGGACUGAGGUCUCCGGCAAGCUGACCAUCCCUGAGGUCUCGCACGAAAACAUCGUUGACAAGGUCUCAGACUUGGUGUACGAAUGGAGCCUCUCCACGGAUUCGUCACCCGCUGUCGACGCCCUGUUCGCACUCGCUAAGAAGCGCCUGCCUGAGCUGCUGGAGGCCAAGUUCUCCGAAUUCCCGAAAGCCAUCAUAGACAGACACGGGAAAGACGUCUACGUCUCGGGCGACAAUAGCCGGGCAGGCACGCCGGGACCGUCGACGCCGUCUUCGUCAGGAAAGGCUACGUCCGCGACGCCUAGUUCUGCGGCUGCGAGCGCCAGCGCACCGGUGAAGAAGCCCGAGUCUGCGCUCAGCACGACGACUGUCUCGGUAGAGGCUUCGUUUAUGGCCUCCGCAGAUGACCUGUUCUCCAUGCUCACAGACGAGAAGAAGAUUCCUGCUUGGUCGAGGAAUCCCGCAGUGUCGAAGGCGCAGCCUGACACUGAAUACUCGCUGUUCGGGGGAGGCGUCAAGGGCAAGUACAUCUCGCUCACCCCCGGGAAGGAGAUCAAGCAAACUUGGGCGCUGUCGAGUCCCACAUGGCCUUCAGGUCACUAUGCUACGUUAACGGCUAUGCUUGACCAGGGCUCCGACUCUACAGUCCUGAAAUUGAAGCUCGAGGGCGUGCCCACGGGUAUGGAGGAAGAAAUCACGAGGAACUUGGAGGGUUACUAUAUCCAUGGCUUCAAAUCGAUCGGGUUGGGUGCUAGUCUGUAAACCCUUGAUAUUCGAAGUUGCAUGGACGAUGUGGGAUCAUUGUCGGGCUUAGAGAAGUUACACAAUCAGAAAUGUAAACAUCGUACGCGCAGUUAGCAAUGUAAUCUCGGGUUUCGUCCCUCCCC